AACCCUCAACCUGAUUGAAAUCCUUCCUCUGGCUGUGAACAGUUGAAAGAGCUGCACUGAGGACCCCAGAACCGAGUUAAUCUAAGAAGCCACUAGAACCGGAUAGGAUUUCACCCUCCACAAGGAGCUGUUCCCAGAAGAGGAGCCAGAGGCGAGGCGAGGCGGUUCUCUGUGCCCGGAGAUGUUGGAGAACAAGAUGGAGAAGAGACACAGGGUGACCCCGUCUCUGGUCUUUGCCGUCACCAUCGCUGCCAUCGGCUCUUUCCAGUACGGCUACAACACCGGGGUCAUCAAUGCCCCCGAGGCGAUCAUACGGAAGUUCCUCAACAGCACCCUGUCACAGAAGCUGAGCGAGCCUCCCAGCCCUGGGCUGCUCACCACCCUCUGGUCCUUGUCUGUGGCCAUCUUCUCCGUGGGCGGAAUGAUUGGCUCCUUUUCCGUGGGACUCUUUGUCAACCGCUUUGGCAGGCGCAACUCCAUGCUCAUGGUCAACUUCCUGGUGGUCGCCGGCGGCAGCCUCAUGGCUUUCUGCAAGAUGGCCGAGUCCGUGGAGAUGCUGAUCCUCGGCCGCGUGGUCACGGGCAUCUUCUGUGGCCUCUGCACAGGCUUCGUGCCCAUGUACAUCGGAGAGGUGUCUCCCACCACCCUGCGGGGAGCCUUUGGCACCCUCAACCAGCUGGGCAUCGUCAUCGGGAUCCUGGUGGCUCAGAUCUUUGGCCUGAAAUUCAUUUUGGGGACCGAAGACCACUGGCCCCUGCUGCUGGGCUUUACCAUCAUCCCAGCCAUCUUACAAAGCAUAGCCCUUCCGUUUUGCCCCGAGAGCCCUAGAUUCUUGCUCAUUAACAGAAAGGAAGAGGAGCGUGCUACGAAGAUCCUCCAGCGGCUGUGGGGCUCCCAGGAUGUGUCCCAGGACAUCCAGGAGAUGAAGGAUGAGAGCGUCCGGAUGAGCCAGGAGAAGAAAGUCACCGUGCUGGAGCUUUUCCGGUCCCGCAACUACCAGCAGCCCAUCAUCAUCUCCAUCAUGCUGCAGCUGUCACAGCAGCUCUCAGGGAUCAAUGCCGUGUUCUAUUACUCAACCGGCAUCUUCAAGGACGCCGGUGUCCAGGAGCCAAUCUACGCCACCAUCGGGGCAGGCGUGGUCAACACCAUCUUCACCGUGGUUUCGGUGUUCCUGGUGGAACGGUUGGGGAGGAGAAGUCUGCACAUGGCCGGCCUCGGCGGGAUGGCCGUUUGCUCCAUCCUCAUGACUGCCUCGCUGCUGCUGAAGGACUCGUACACCUUCAUGAGCUACAUCUGCAUCGGGGCCAUCCUGAUCUACGUGGCCUUCUUUGAGAUAGGGCCCGGCCCCAUCCCCUGGUUCAUCGUGGCCGAACUCUUCAGUCAGGGCCCCCGCCCGGCUGCCAUGGCCGUGGCCGGAUGUUCCAACUGGACCUCCAACUUUUUGGUCGGACUGCUCUUCCCCUUCGCUGCAGCCUCUUUGGGAGCCUAUGUUUUCAUCGUCUUCGCUGUCUUCCUCAUUAUCUUCUUGCUGUUCACCUUCUUCAAAGUCCCUGAGACCCGAGGCAGGACUUUUGAGGACAUCACGCGGGCCUUUGAAGGGCAGGGUGCUCAGGACGCCCCGGGGAAGAGCCCAGCUGUGGAGCUGAACAGCCUGCAGCCGGUGAAGGACCCCGGUGUCUAAGCGGCUCUGCUCCGCCACCGCCCUCGCCGCCAGGACCGCGGACAGCGACCUCCCCCCGGGCGGCUCCAAAGGCCGAGCCAGGACUGCUCAGUGCUGCUAGUUCCCAGUGCCCACUUGGACCUGCACCUGCUGGAGGGGCCGGAGCCAGGCCCGGGGGACAGCGGACGCCACUCCUCACUGCACGGCUUGUGCCGCAGUCCCUCGGGUUGUAUUUAUUUACCUUCUGGUUUUAUUGCGUAGAUAUUUAUUUUUUUAAGUGUACUUUACCAAAUAGUGAAGAAGACCUAAGGAAAGCGGAGGCGAGGGUGGUGUUGAAGGAGAGGCCGCAGGGAAAGCGGGUGCGAGGUGGGGGCUCAGGGAGGAGGCUUGUCCCCGGGGUGUGACGUCCCCCAGGCGGGCACACAGCGUCUUUACGCUCCUUUCAGGAAAGUCUCGCGCCUGUGUAGCAGAACCACUGGCUCCUUUUGGAAGUUUUCUUUAGGGUUAGUUUGUGUAGACUACGACUUGGAACCCGGGAUGUUUGCUCAGGUGGCACGGUGAUCACAGGCCGUUGGUGGGUCUUGGUUUCGGUGCAGGCUGUUGUCCCCACCCCACAGGUCUCGGGGGGACCCGGGGAGCGCUUCGGCAGUUUCUCCACUUUGUUUAUCUGUUUUUGAUUUUAACUUGUAGCUUUCAAAGAAAUCGGGAGGAUCCUUCCUCAUGGGCGGUUUGGGAUGAGUAACCUCAGCUCUGGGAGGGGGUUUUCCCAAACAUCACUCUGCUUUGUAGGUGGUCACUGCGGGGUGCCUGGUAGGUGCCCUGGUGGGGACCUGAAUCUCCCUGGACACACACAGGUGAGGGUGGCAGUAGUAGCUUGCCGGCCGCCGCAGCUCUGUGGGUAGUUAGCUCAUCCCCGUGUAGACGUGACCCUGCCUCUGCUGCCCUGCCCUGCACUGAGGCUGGGGGGGCACUGGUUGUGUGUGGAGAAAGAGAACAUUAAGCUCUGAGGGGAUGAGAAGGCUCCUCCAGCUCUCCCACCCCGCCCCGCUCCCUCCUUGGUGCUCACACUCACACACCGCGGUUCUCACUCCUGCUGGUCACAGCCUCUGGGUGAACCGAGCACCCCUUCUUGUCGUGACCAGGUUGUAAAUAUUUCCACAUGGAUUUUCUACUGUUCAUGUUACCGUGGUUCUUUGUUUGGAAAUAAAACUUCUAAAUAAGCCCACCGUAGGCUGUUACCUUUGU